CAAUUCUUUGCUGCUUUCUUUCGAAAAUGUCGUCGCAGAAGCAACGCAUCGAGUAGCGUGCAUUGGUGCAGGCUCAGGAGGAGCGAGGUUUGGACCGUUGGACGGAGCGCCGAGAGCGAGCGAGGGCAGCGCCGGCUGAGCCGCGGCCGAACCUGCUGGCCGCGGCUGCUUGCUUCUUGCUGGUAGCAAUCAAGUGCAGCGGCCUCGGCGAUCGGACUGCGUGUGCCGUCACCGCUGUCGCGGUCGCGCUGCCCCAUGCAAUCGGGCUUCCCACCGCCUGUGGGUCUGCCGGCAUGCAAGCCUCAGCUUUACACCAACGGCGGCGGCGGGGGCGGGCCUAGCAAGGCGGGCGGCAGCGGGGCGGCAGCGUCAACCGCCCCGUCGCAGCCGGCGGCACCCUCACACCCGCCGUUGCUGCAUCCCUAUGGUGGCCAUCUGGCUCAGCCGCCGCCGCCGCCGCCGCCACCAGCAGGCGCUUGGCACGCCGCCGGGGCUCAUUCGCAACCACCGUAUGCCGCCGGCGGCGCAGCGGUACCUGGGUAUCACCAUCAGCAGCUUCAUGAGCAGCAUCAACAGCCGCAGCCGCACAUGCAGACACCCUUCCCGGCGGCGCUGCCCGUCCCUCCCUCCCUGCAGCCAUUCGGGCCGCCUCAUCACGGGGCAUACCUGGGACCUGCUGCCAGCCAACAGCAACGACAGCCGCCGCCAAUGGCCCUGCUGGCUCCGCAGCACUCCCAGCAUCCUCAGCACGCCCAGCACUUUCGUCAUGUCCCGGGAACGCCAAGCAGCUAUCUCCCCCUCCAGCAGCACCAGCAACACCACCAGCAGCAGCACCAACACCAUCAGGAGGCACAAGGCUGGGCAGCACCCCAGCAGCAGCACGGGCAGCAUCAGCAGCAAGUGCUGGUUGCCGAUGGCGCCCCUGCCGGUCCGUCCGCCGCCGCCGCUGCCCCAUUUGCCUCGCCGCAGCAGCAGCAGGUCCUGGCGACCUCAGCAUGGUACGGAGGGCCGCCGCCACCUCCACCAUUGCAGCAGCACCAGCAGCAGCACCAGCAGCAGCAUCAGCAGCACCAGCACAAACAGCACCAACAGCACCAACAGCACCAACAGCACCAACAGCAGCACCAGCAGCACCAGCAGCACCAGCAGCACCAGCAACACCAGCAGCACCAGCAGCACGCGCUGACGCUAGCGCCCGCCUACCAGCAGCUGGGGGGCGCCUGUGGCCACAUGCUUAGCAUGGCUCCGGGGCCACAGCCACCCGCCGCUCACGCCUCGGCUCCAGCCGCAGCAGCAGGAUAUCCGCCGCUCACAUCCGCCGGAACAGCUGGAGGAGCGCAGCCGCCGCCGCUGCCGCCGCCGCCGCCGCCUUCAGCAGAAAUGGUCCCGGUCGAGUUGGCCGCGGCGGCGAUAGCCGCCGCCGCGGCCGCGGCCGCGGCCGCGCUGGCCGCCUCGGCGGCCGAGCCGGGUAAUGCCCUGGCGCUGCGCAGCAGUGAGCAACGUAGCAUGGCGUCCCUGUGGCGGCUGCUGUGGGACAAGGUGGCUGCGGGCGAGGAGCCGGGCAAGGCCUGGCCUCCACGGAGCCAGGAGGAGGAAAGGCAACCGGCGCAGGUGGUGUUUGCAGGGCCCAAGAUGAAGGGCAGUGGCGCCGGCGUGCUGUCGGGCGGCCGCGGCUCCACCCUCGUGUACUGUGGUGACUGCGACGACGGCGAACAGCAACAGCAGCAGCAGCAGCAACACCUGCUGCUGUUUGACCCACAGGCGCAACAGCCGCUGCCGCAGCAGCACCAGCAGCACCAGCAGCAACACCAGCACCAGCAGGGCCAGCAGCCGUACCAGCCGCCGCCGCCGCCGGCCAGGCCGCCACUGCCGCCGCCUGACAAGCGAUGGCUGGUGGCGACGAGUGCCACGCUGAAAGGCAGCGGCACCGCGCAGUGGCAGGCCGGCACCAGCCUCAGCCGCUACCAGUUGGCGCUGCCCGACACCGGCGCCGCGUCCAAGCUGGAGGCUGAACGCCUGUUCCCAAGCGUGAAGCCGGAUGCAGUAACGCUGUCCGGCAAGAAGAAGGACAAGAGGGCGUGGGUCUACCCCGAGAAGUUCUUCUACGUGGCGCAGCAGGCCAAGCCCCAGCCCCACAGGCCCGCCAAUGGCGGUCCCGCUGGCGGCGGUGGCACUGCCGCUGGUGGUGCCGCCCGUGCCGCCGCUGGUCAUGCCGCUGCCGGUGGUGCGGCGGGGGCUGCCGGGCCGUCGCUGCCCCCGCGUGCGGCCGCAGGCGGCGGCGCGGCAGCGCAGCAAGCGGCGGCGGCGGCCGGCCUGGCGGCUGGCAGCGGCGGCGGCGGCGGCGCCUAUGGGGCGUCGUAUGCCGCUGGUGAUGGCGGGAUGGGGCCAGCUGGCGGGGGCGCGAGCGGUGACACUGCUGGAGGUGGCGGCGCUGGUGACGAGACCGGCGUGAUGGACACGGGUUUGGGGGCGGGCCGAGGCGAUGCUGGGGGCCGCGCCAAGCGCAGGAGGGCGGCCGGCGCCGAGGAGGCAGCAGCAGCUACGAGAGGCCGGCAGCGGCAGAGGCGGAGCAGGCGGGGCGGGGAAGAGUCGCACGAGGAUGUGAGUAUUGAAGAUGAGGGAGAGCAUGGCGCCGAGGAAGAGGCCGCCGCCGCCGCCUCAGUAGCAGCAGCAGCAGCAGGGGCCAGUGCGGCUGCCGCAGCGCCGCCGCCGGGCUCUGCGCUGCUGCUGCUGCCGGCGGCCGCAGAUGCUCGUGCGCGGCAGUGGCGGCGCGUGCGGGCCCAGAACUGCAAGGCGGCGUUCCUGGAGGCGGUGGUUAUGGGGAACAUCCAGGUCAUGGAAGCUCUGCUGCCAGAGCUGCCGCGCCUGGAAGAGCCGCCCGCCGCCUUUGGCCUUACCGCCACGACUGCUGCUGCCGGGGCUGCUGCUGCCCCUGCUGCUACUGCCGGCGGGCUGCCGAUGGGCUCGGGGGUGGCGGUGGACUGGGCCAACGUGCGCAGCCCGGGCGACGGCUACUCGCCACUGCACCUGGCGCUGGUCAAGUGGGACAGCUGGCCGCCGCCCACGCCGCAGCCCAGUGGCGCCGUGCCGCCGCCCGACAGCUACACGGUCCCGCACAUGGCCGUGACGUGCCGCCAGCAGCAGCAGCAGCAGCAACAGCAACAGCAGCAGCAGCAGCAGCAGCAGCAGCAGCAGGGCCGCAGCCACCCCCACCAUCCCGAGUGCGGCCGUGGGGGACCCACCUGCCGGCUACGGGUGGGUGGGUGUGGAACGGUGGUGCAGUGGCUUCUGGAGCACUCCACACCCGCGCCCAGUAGCGCCAUUGCGUCUGCCGCUGCUGGCGGUGGAGGUGGCGGCGGUGGAGGUGGCGGCGGUGGAGGUCCGCGCUCGCCACUGCUCAUGCAGCCCAACACCCGCAGCGGCUCUGUGCCGCUGAUGACGCUGAUGCGCUACGCCGACGCGGACGGCCAGGACUGGAGCCCGCUGGUGGCGGAGGUCAUGGCGCACAUGACCUGGAGCGAGUACGUGCGGGCGGACAGCAAGAAGGGCUGGUACCCGCACCACAUCGGGUCAUCGCGCGGCUCCCGACCAGAGCCGCCGCCGGGCGCGUCGCCGGGCAGCGAGCGGUGCCUGGCGGUGUGCCUGGACCAGCUGCUGCGUCUGGCGCAGGAGUGGCUGCAGCAGCAGCAGCAGCAGCAGCAGCGAGUGGCUGAGCGGGUGGAGCAGCGGGUGCCUGCUGCGGUGGAGGCCGGCGGAGGUGGUGGUGGCGGCGGAGGCAGCGGCGUCAGCCGCGCAUGGAAGGGACGCGGCGGGCGGCGGGGCAGCGGCGGCAGCCGGCGAGGGCACGGCACUGCGGGGAGCUCCACAGGCGGUGCAGCAGCCACCGCUGGUCAGCCACCGCUGCCGGCCGCCACCGGCGGCACCAUCGCCGCCGCUGCUGCCGCCUCCGGCGCCGCCGCCCCCACCGCCCCCCAGCUGGUGUCCGGCCUGCUGUUCCACCUGGCCUCACGCCACUACGACGGGCGCCUGUUGGAGCAGGCGGCCCGCGCGCGAGGGCUGUGGCCCGAAGCCUCGCCCGCCUCUACUACUGCCGCAACAGUGGCUGCCGCCGGGAGCAGCGCUGCAGCACCCAACAGCAACGCCGCGGCUGCAGCAGCAGCUGGCGGCGACUUGUGUGUGCGGGAGGCGCGCGAACACGGCAUGGGAGUGGAGGUGGGCGGAGGUGGCUGCGGCGCCGUUGCAGGCGAUGUGGGCUGCGGCAGGGGCACGCCGACCGAAGGCUCAGAUAAUGCUGAUGCAAGUUGUGGUGGUGUGCAGUCGGUGGCGGGACCACGGCGUGGCGCGACAGAGGGGCUGGGGGGUGUCGCCACCGCCGUGCAGCCGCAGCAGAGGUCCUAUCAGGAAUAUGCGCAGCAGUGCGGUGCCAUGGCAGUGCUGAGUGUCCGCCUGACGCAGGAGCGGUAGUUUGUGAGGGGCCACCGGUUGGGGACAGACAUUCGGCCGAUGCGCAACGUAAAUGGGGUAGGUGACACGGCAGCGCGCGUAUGAGAGCGAUAGUCGAGAUGGUUGAACUGCGGACAGCAUUUAUCCGUUUGCUGAGAAAUGAGCGUGUCGCAAACUCGGAUCAACGCCACAUCACAAGAACUGCAAAUUUCUGCUGUCAGCCAUUCGGAUUUACAAUAUUCAUCUAACAGCAUAAGCUGAACACACGACUGUACCACUCCGUCUGGCGACUCCGUAGCUGAAUGACUGCAUAGCCGGCUGACCGCUUCCCCCAAAGCUUUCCACAUGCGUUCGUCCCAGCCCAAUGUGUGCCGCCUUGUGGCCGUGGACUUCCGGCUCGAUGGCGCGGUCGGCAUUGCCGCAUUCCGGAAUGCGAGCCUCAACGACCAGAUUGCGCUUCUUGUCAAGGAGACGGCGGAGGUUUGGGGGCUCGUCGACAAGCAGGACGCCAGAAUCGCCAAGCAGGACGCGAAAAUGUCAGGAUUACCGCCGUCGUUGCGUCCUGCUUGGCAAUCUUCGCGUCCUCUACCCAGACGUCAAGUUCGAGUUCAAGCAGGGGCGCCUCGCAGGGACCUACUACGGCCACACGGCGGAGGACGGCAAGAGCUGCUACCUGUCCACUGACAAGCCCAAGCCCUGAUUCACCAGCUACAAAACCGGUGUUUCUCAACACCACCAUAUGUACGGGUCGUAUUUAGGGUCGUGUCGCCCCAAUGCCGGUCGGCUCCCGCCGGCCAAUGGAGGCAUUGGGACUCGGAGGCAUUGGGAUCCAGGCAACCGACGGAGCUCAAACUUCACUAAGAGCCAACGCCAGCCUAUUUUUCAUGUAGCCGGCAUCCCAAUACUUCGCGCUGCUGUGUCCCGCAAGCCCCCGCUCGCAAUCCCGACAACACCGAGCUAGAAGGCCGCUCUCGUCCCCCCAACAAUUGCUUUUCGGUCUAUUAGGGUACAAGAGCAACGCGAUGACGACAGCCAGCGCUCUCGCACCCCCAGCGAGCAAAUGCUAGUUGCUCGGCGCCGAGAAUGGACGCCGUGGAUUCUCUGAUAAGCUCGGUGCGGGGGACGGAGGUGCCCGGGAGCUCCAUCCCACAUGUGCACGCACGCACUCACCCGCUCGGCGUCAGAGCGGUCGAGGGGCGGGUAUCCCUGCAGGCCAGGGACUUGGGCACCUGGUGGACAGGCGCCCAAGUCCGGCGACUGGGCUUUCUGGGAGGAGGUACGGGGACACAAUGGCUGCAGAGAGCCUGGAUGGGGGGCAGGGAUAGUAAGGCAGGGGUAGGGCGGAGAUGGGGACGGGAGUGGCAACUAAAGUGUUGGUGGCCCACCAGCCAUUCGCGUUGCACUUCAGCAUAAGAAGUGGCACGGGCCCGUACGGCGGAGAUGGUGGCUGUAAGCUUCUCGCCAU